AUGUACCUGGGCGUACGUGAAGAUCGCAAAGCCAGGGGUGAAGGCGCAUCGCGCAUUUCAGCUCAAUGCACCAUUGAUGCAAGGAUGUUCAACGGUCGCCAGUUUCCCAAAGUUGACCUUAUCGAGGGCUUGGGCCCUGACAGCGCUUCGUACCCACACAUGAGUGAUCAACAGGGCCUUUGGACUUUACUGGUUAAUCAGAUUGAUGCGCCACCCUUGCCUGGCACUCCACCCUCAGCGUCAGUGCGCACUCUCUAUAUCCCUCACAUGUAA